AUGAACAAGUUUCUCUUACUGAUGAGCCUUUACCUGCUUGGAUAUGCCAGAGAAGCAUCAGGUCAGCCUGAUGAGCUUCCUGGCUCCAUGGAUCAUAAAGCUUCAGUUCAACAACUUUCAGGUGAGUACUUUCCACUUGCAAACCCUUCUGAUGCUGAGUCUUUAUACGAGUCUUCAAACGACAACACUUUAAGUGAGCACGGUUCCAGUGAGCAUGGUUCAAAUGAACACACCGUGGCCGAGCACUCUUCUGGAGAACACUCUACAGGUGAGCACACUUCAGUUGAGCAUGCUGCGAGUGAACAGCCUUCAGGAGAACAUGCAACAGGUGAACAGCCAUCGGGUGAACAGCCCUCGGGUGAGCAUAAUACAGGUGAACAGCCUUCGGGUGAGCACAAUGCAGGUGAACAGCCCUCGGGUGAGCAUGUAGGUGAACAGCCCUCAGGUGAGCACAAUGCAGGUGAACAGACUUCAGGUGAACAGGCUUCAGUUGAACAACCUUCAGGUGAACAGCCUUCAGGUGAACAGGCUUCAGGUGCACCAAUUUCAAGCACAUCUUCAGGUGUUUUAUUAAAUUGCCAUACAUGUGCUUAUAUGAAUGAUCAAGGAAAAUGUCUUCGUGGAGAGGGAAUCUGCACCACUCAGAAUUCCCAGCAGUGCAUGUUAAAGAAGAUCUUUGAAGGUGGAAAACUCCAAUUCAUGGUUCAGGGGUGUGAGAACAUGUGCCCAUCGAUGAACCUCUUUUCUCAUGGAACCAGGAUGCAAAUUAUAUGCUGUCGGAAUCGACCUUUCUGCAACAAGAUCUAG